AUGACCAUUGAACUCCCAGCCACCCAACGUGCUCUCGUCUUCGAUACCUGGAAUGGACCACUAGAAGUGAGACAAGUUCCAGUUCCAACUCCAGCUGAUGAUGAGAUCCUUGUCAAAAUCGAAUAUUCUGGAAUCUGCCACUCCGAUCUUCACGUUUGGCUUGGAGACUUGAAAGGAAUGAGUGUCUGCCCAUUGGUUGGAGGACACGAAGGAGCUGGAAGUGUUGUUCAAGUUGGAAAGAAUGUUACCGGAUGGGAACUCGGAGACAAGGCUGGAGUCAAGCUCAUGAACUUCAACUGCCUCAACUGUGAAUUCUGUAAGAAGGGACAUGAGCCACUCUGCCACCACAUCCAAAACUACGGAUUCGAUCGCUCUGGAACCUUCCAAGAGUACCUCACUAUCCGUGGAGUCGACGCUGCCAAGAUCAAUAAAGACACCAAUCUCGCUGCCGCUGCUCCGAUUCUCUGUGCUGGAGUUACCGUAUACAAGGCACUCAAGGAAUCAAAUGUGAAGCCAGGACAGAUUGUUGUGCUUACUGGAGCUGGAGGAGGUCUUGGAUCUCUUGCUAUUCAGUAUGCUAAUGCUAUGGGAAUGAGAGUUGUCGCAAUGGAUCACGCAAGCAAAGAAGCUCACUGCAAGAAUCUUGGAGCCGAGUGGUUUGUCGAUGCUUUCGACACUCCAGAUAUUGUGUCCCACAUCACAAAACUCACUGAAGGAGGACCACAUGGAGUUAUCAACUUCGCCGUUGCCAGAAAGCCAAUGGAGCAAGCUGUUGAAUACGUCAGAAAGCGCGGAACAGUUGUCUUCGUUGGACUUCCAAAGGACUCAAAGGUCACCUUCGAUACCACUCCAUUCAUUUUCAACGCUAUCACCAUCAAAGGAUCAAUCGUCGGAUCUCGUCUUGAUGUCGACGAAGCAAUGGAAUUCGUGACUCGUGGAAUCGUCAAGGUCCCAUUGGAACUCGUCAGACUUGAGGACGUUCCGGCUGUCUACCAAAAGAUGAUUGACGGAAAGAUCACUUCUCGAGCCGUUGUCGACUUCUCCUUGUAA